AUGGCUGGCAAGUCUCCCCAAGAAGCCCCGAAAUCACUUGCACGAGCAUGUUUGUCCUGUCGAGCUCGGAAAACCCGUUGUGAUACGGCACGACCCCGGUGUACCUCGUGCGCCAUUCAGGGAAAGGACUGCGUCUACAAACAAGAGACGCCGCAGAGGAGACCGACGCUGGCACGCAUUCACGAGCUACAGAGGCAGAACUCAGCCCUGGACACAUUUAUCGCCAAGCUCAAAUCUGCACCACCCGCAAAGCGAGAGAGAUUGUUGACGUCGGUGACAAUCUGCGACGGGCGUGUUCGGCUGCCGGAUGACGGCAGCGAAGAGCGCAAUGCUGAAGCUCAAUUUUCACCUCAUCCACAACUCGCCGUACCUCAUCUAGGGCAAAAUCUGCGGCGCCGCAGCAGCCUGGGGAGCCUGGAAGACUCCUCCGACGAAGAAUUUGACAUCGGGCCCUUCCUCUCAAUCGAUGAGGCAGGAAAGCCCAGCAGCUUUGGACCUUCCUCUGCCCUGCACUAUCAUCCGCGGUCGGCCAGCACUUCGGUGCAGUCAGCAGCCUCUCUUGCGAGAGAUCACAUCAGGAACUGCCUGAUUGCCGAAGCUGCCCUUCAACGACAAAACGAGCGCCAUUUGGCCUCACUGCCUGAUGUCCAUGGAGUACCUACCGAGUUGGCCAUGCAUUUACUUGAAUUGCACUGGAGCCGCCAACAUCAUACCUUACUGCUGACGUACCGACCGGCGAUCAUAAGGGACCUUCUCCGGAAUGGGCCUCAUUGUUCGAGGUUCCUGCUACAUGCGAUCUUUGCGUGCACAAGCAAGUUUUCUGCCCGAGUGGAGGUCCGAGACGAUCCAUCAGACCCUUCCACAGCAGGUCGACGGUUCUUCCGACGUUGCGAUCAGCUCCUUGCAGAAGACUCGCUACUGAUAUACCCUAAGCUGCCCACUGUGGUUGGACUGCUGUUGCUGGGUUCGAGCUACAACGCCAAAGGUGAGACGUCUAAAGGGUGGUUGUACACCGGCUACGCCCUGCGCAUGAUCUACGACCUCGGUCUGCAUCUUGAUCCCAAAGAGACCAGCGACUCUCCAGAGCAAGUGGAAAUCCGUCGGAGGGUCUUCUGGGGGGCUUUUGUCUCGGACAAGCUACAAAGUCUCUACCUGGGACGCCCGGCGGCUAUCAAUCUUCGUGACUCGCACGUCUCGCGAGAUUUCAUGGACACGCUGGAGGAGCAGGAACUAUACGUGCCAUACAAAGAUCCCAAAUACCCAGGCCCGCAGACUACUUCGUCCUCUCUGGGUCUUCCUAUUUAUUCGGUAUCUACCUUCCAGCAGCUGUGCCUGCUGUCCAAGAUUAUGACCAAGAUCAUCAACACGUUCUACGUUGUCGGAGCAACUCCUCGCAACGCCCAGGCCAGUCUGCAACUUGUCGACAACGCGCUGCAAGCGUGGAGGGAGAACCUGCCAACAAACCUCGAUUUCCAGCCGCGGCUCUUGCAAUCCGAUUCGGCCUCGUACCCUCCGCCGAAUUUGAUGAAUGUGCACGCCCUGUAUUAUUCCCUGCUGAUUCUGCUUCACCGACCCUUCAUUUCGGACGGCCACUUACGCUCCACGGCCACCCCUUCGCUGUCUUGGGGUCGCUGCACAUCGGCGGCACGAAACAUCACCAGCGUCGCAUUGGCGUGGAAAACUGCGUACAGUCUCCGAGGCGCCCCAUACUUAUUGAGCUACGCGAUCUACGUUGCUUGCACGAUCCACGUCCGCAACGCCGCCGCCGAUGCGUCCAGCGGAAACAACAGAGAGCACACCUCCCUCCUCGCGGCAAGCUUGUCGUGCCUCGAGCAGCUAUGUCUUGCCAAUCCCGGUGUGUCGAAGCCCAUGAAGAUAAUACAGAGAUUGAUGGAGGCGAGCAAGAUCGUAUUGCAGCCAGAGGAAACUAUAUAUCCAAGCUACUCACCGUCCUCAUUCGACUUUGACACCAUCUUUAGCAUGUUUCCCACGAGAAAUGUGACGAGCUCACACGUGCAGUACUCGGGAGAGGUGAUUUUCGACUCGGACAUCCCUGACGAUCCGCUGUUCGGACUCAUGGACGAGCCCAUGUUGCCUUACACCGACAUGUCUGACAAUUUCUUCAACGGCACUAGAGCAUUUUGA